AUGGUGGCGAAAAGAUACGAAGUUCAUGAUAAGGCUGAUGUGAAGAUUCUCGGAGAGGGCUUGGCCUUCAGGACCUCUGGAAGAGUAGCCAGAAAUCGGUUUUUGAAGGUAAGCAGGGAGUUCUGGUAUGAUCAAGGCCUUUUAAUUUUACAUAUUUCCUUAUUUGGGUUGGAUUUCUUUUCUAUCUGACCUCGCAUUUACCUGCAUAAAUCUACCCGUUUCCAGAGUCUCUUGUCUGCAAAUGAUCUCUGAAUAUCUGUGAUCUAUGAAAGAAAAGCGCGAGCUAAAAUCCUCUGGAAUUAAAACAGAUCCUGACCGCAGAAGAUUCGCAGAUCAAACAAAAUCCAACCACCUUCAAUAAGACUGAUAACUUACUUUUUCCAGGCUUCCAUGACUGAAACCCUGGCCACAUGGGAAAGAGAAAACCUUCUGAAUGUUGGCAUUCCCACUGAAGCUUUGAUCAAUUUGUAUGAUAAAUGGGGACACGGCGGCUUCGGAGUUGUCUUGACGGGAAAUCUGAUAGUUGAUCAUCUCCAUCUUGAGAGUGCUGGAAAUAUGGUCAUCAGCAAAGAGACUUGGUCGGAGAAGAAACUGGAGGCUUAUCGGUAAGAAGAUUACUGUGAUUUUCAAGCCAAAAGAAUUAGAAUUUGCUUGACCCAAUUAUUUUUAGACGUCUGGCUGCGGUCACCAAAUCCGACGGUGCCUUGGCCAUCGCUCAGAUUAGCCACGGCGGUCGUCAAGCGCCAGAUCAUCUUGUCCCUCAUCCCUACGCCCCUUCAGAUGUUCAAUUGCUCGGAGAGAAGUUUGGCAAUCAUUUUGGAAAGCCUAGAGUUUUGACGUUGGAGGAGAUUCAGACCGAAGUCAUCGACCGCUUCGUUUUUACUGCCCAAAAAGUAUACGAGGCCGGAUUCGAUGGAGUCGAACUUCAUGGAGCUCACGGAUAUCUUCUGGCUCAAUUUAUCUCUCCUCAGACUAACUUGAGAGACGACAGAUACGGAGGAAGUGCUGAGAAGAGAGCCCAGAUCUUGGUCGAUAUUUACAACGCCAUCAGGUAAAGAAAAUUGUUUAUUGUUGUCGUUUUCUGCAGCUAGACUUAAGAUCAGUCUCUAAUUCCUUUAUUCUUUCAGAGAAAAAAUUCCGGCGUCGACUGGCUUCGUCAUUGGCAUUAAAUUAAAUUCGGUCGAAUUCCAAAACCACGGUCUUGGAUUGGAAGACGCCGUAACCACUGCCAAAAUCGUUGAUGUGAGUUUUGUUCUUUGCUCUACACAAAAACUGUAGUUGAAAUUCUGUAGUUCAGGCUGCUUUCUGAAAAAGUUCAGAUAGGUUGCACUUCCUGGUUUUACAGUUUAUGUUUGCACGUGUAAGGAAUGGGAAAUGAGUUUUGAUGGAGAAACAGUUCGCUUUUUCAGGCCACCGGCUUCGAUUUUAUUGAAUUCUCCGGCGGCACCUACGAACACUGGGCCUUGACUGCAAGAGAAUCGACCGUCAAGAGAGAGGGCUUCUUUAUACAAUUCACCGAAGCCAUCAAGCCUCAUAUCUCGAAUGCCGUCGUCUACUUGACUGGUGGAUUCAGAACCGCUCCAGGAAUGGUCAGAGCCAUCAAAGAGGGAGCCACAGACGGAAUUGGAAUCGCCCGACCAGCCACAGCCGAGCCAGAUUUGCCCAAGAAAAUUAUUACGGGCAAAGUUCAGGCGGCAGAAUUCAAUCCAGUUGAGAAUCAAUUCGAGCAGAGCUAUGCGAUCGCCACAACUCAGAUGGGACAAGCUGGUACUCUUCCCUACGCGCUUUGCAAUGGAAAUCCGGCUUACGGGAUCUUCGAUCAGAGCAAUGAAAAGGAAUUGGCCGCGUUCUUCGAGGAGUUCACAAAGUAUUACUUGGAAAAGGUGGAGAAAUUCAAGGCCGGUGAGCCCCCACGAGGCGUGUGCCCUUACAGGACGAAGAACUUUGCUAUCAAGUCGUAA